AGGACCUGACAUUUGACGACUUUGUGGAUAUUUGCCGAAAAGAGCCAGUUACGACAGAAGAAGAUCUAAUGAAAGCAUUCCGAAAGAUUGAUUUGAAUGGGGAUGGAUAUAUUUCUCUUGAUGAGUUGUUCAAAAUUCUGACAACAAAAGGAGAAAAGAUGUCAAGGAAAGAAGUCCGAGAGAUGAUAGAUGAAGUUGAUGAAAAUAAAGAUGGAAAGUUAGAUUACAGAGAG